AUGGCCUUAGAAACUUUACUCACAAGAUUCAAAACAGCAUUUUCAACCACUUUCAACUCAAUUCAACCCAAAACGACACCGUCUUCAAACCCAAACCCAAAACGCAUCGCCGUUUUAGCCUUCGAAGUCGCCGGAGUAAUGUCGAAGCUUCUUCAUCUCUGGCAAUCACUUUCCGACGCUAACAUAAUCCGUCUUCAAAACGACGUCGUUACACUUGAAGGUAUUUCGAAGCUAAUCUCAAGCGACAAGUCGUUUCUGUUAAAACUCGCCGUCGCUGAAUUUUGCGACUCGCUUCGUCUCGUCACUAACUCCGUCGCUAAAUUUAGUCUUAAUUGCAAUGACCCAUCACUCAAAUCCUUCAACCAAGUUUUCACUGAGUUUGUUGAAUCAGGUUUUGACUCGUUUGGGUGGAAACUCAUAACCCCAAAAGAGAUUGAAUCCAAACAUAGAAGAAUGGAACGUUACGUGUCUCUCACGUUAUCUCUUCAUAGAGAAAUUGAUGAGCUUUCACUUUUGGAAAGCACUUUGAAAAAAACACUUCUCAACAACAAUAACAAGUUCAAGAACAAAAUCAGUGAGCUUGAACACAAGAUUGUGUGGCAGAAACAAGAGGUAAAGAAUUUGAAAGAAAAAUCUUUGUGGAAUAAAGGUUUUGAUAAUGUUGUUUUGUUGUUAGCAAGGUUUGUUUUUACUUCGUUAGCAAGGAUUAAGGUUGUUUUUGGUGUUGGAAAUGGAGACAGUUUACCUUAUUUAUCACGAAGUUUAUCAGCAUCUGCUAGUGUUUAUCCUUCUGAUUAUAAAGAUCAUAGCUUUGUAUCUGGGCCGUUGAAAAGUCAGGUGUCUGUGUCUGAGUCCGUGGUUCAUAGAAAAAGUUUGAAAAUUGAUGUUUAUCCAUAUGAUCAUCAAAAAGAUCAAAAAUUUGUAUCAGGGCCGUUGAAAAGUCAGGUGUCUGUGUCUGAGUCUGUGCUGAAUAGAAAAUGUUUGAAACUUGACGAGACAAAAGUGGAUUUAGGAAAUGGGUUUUUUGAGUCAAAUUGUGGAGUGUUGAAACCACCAAAAGGUAGUUUAGGUGAUUCAGGUUUGUCUUUACAUUAUGCUAAUUUGAUUAUUGUUAUGGAGAAGAUGAUAAAAUCACCUCAAUUAGUUGGUGUUGAUGCAAGAGAUGAUUUGUAUGCUAUGUUACCAAAUAGUAUAAGAUCAUCAUUGAGGUUAAGGUUAAAAGGGUCAAUUGGAUUUUCUGCUUGUGAUCCUUUAUUGGCUAAUGAAUGGAAAAAUGCUUUGGGAAGGAUACUUUGUUGGUUGUUACCAUUGGCACAGAAUAUGAUUAGGUGGCAAAGUGAAAGGAGUGUUGAAGAGAAGAGUUUGGUUCCUAAGAAAUCAAAUGUUUUGCUUUUGCAAACUUUGGUUUUUGCUGAUAAGGCGAAGACAGAAGCUGCUAUAACUGAAUUGCUCGUUGGUUUGAAUUAUGUUUGGAGGUUUGAGAGGGAAAUGACGGCUAAGGCUUUGUUUCAAUGUACCGAUAAUUUCAAUGGGUAUUUGAGUUUGUACAAACCUAGCUAA